AUGUACACCUAUGAAAUAUUCCACAAAGAAGAGCGCUGCAUCCUCUGCUACCAGAAUAACGAGGAGCAUGUGGACAGCUUGGCUCCGAAGGAAUCUGCAGCAGGGGUAGCUUCUGGCUCAAGCGUGACAACAGUCGCGCAGCCCGCUGCAGAGAUAGCCAGCACGAAGCCGGCAGCACCCAAGCUGCCUACAGCUGCGAGUGCGACGGCGGCUGCUGGGCCCCCAGCAGAGGAGGCCAGCACAGAGCAGAAGCCGCCUGUUGCCGCGAGCACGACGGCGGCCGCUGAGCCUCCAGCAGAGGAGGCCAAGACAGAGCAGAAGCUGCCUGCUGCCCGGAGCGCGACUGCGGCUGCUGGCCUCCUCGCUGAGCUCGCCGCAGAAAAGGCCAGCACACUGUCAGCUAGCAGAGUUCCUGGCAGUGGUCUUGCAGCUGGCAGUGCAGCACGGGAUAGCCCAGCUGGAAACCUUGUGGUGCCACUGCACACAUCCUCAGCAAUCCACGACAGCCUGAAAGAGCGCAGGGCGGCCAUGUUGGAGCGGCUGAGCAACAGGCUGACUGCUCUGGGUGAGAAUAAGAAGUACGACGCCCUGUACCAGGAAUGGCAGAAGAAGUACGACGCCAUGAUUGCCGACAUCGCGCUCGUGGACACUCGCCGGAUUUUAGAUGUUCUGAAAAACGAGGUCCUCAACCUCCACAAUGACCCCGACCCCGAGAAGCGCACCGCAUGCCAGCCGCUGCUGAAGUCUGUGCAGCGCGAGGGUACUGGCCAUGCCAGCAUCCAUCCUGCAGACUUCGUCCAUGUCAUUGCUCACAUGGAGAGAGAUGAGUGCGAAGAUCCAGCAGCGGUUGAAAUCUGGCAGGGCUGGAAGGCGCAGGGCCUGAAUGCAGGCCUGUUGCGGGGUGCCUAUGCUGCCCUCUCAAGGGAGCUACAUGAGCUGUGCAAGGACCGCAAGGUCCUCUACCUGCAGAAGAGCAACCCGCUGCUGCCAGUGCAGUUCUUGAAGCAGUAUGCCAUGACCUAUGAGCUCGACUGUGUGCUUGUCUGA